AUGGAGAAAAGGGUUUUGUACGGUUUGAUAGUAAUGCUAAUGUACUUGGUGGAUGGUGGCUCUAGUCAAGGGGAAGUGAAAUUGAUAAGUGAAGAAGUAACUGAAUUGGAACAACUUUUGAAUAAGAUCCAACAACUCACGGUGGUUGCCUUCUCGUCCUCGUUCUGCGGUGUUCGAUGUGCUAUAUUGGAUGAUCAAAUGGAUCAACUGGCCAAAACUUACGGUAACCAGAUUACAUUCUACAAAUCGGACAUUUCGGAGAAGGCCUCGAUUGCAAACCUUUACAAGGUAGUCAAUGUUCCAACCCUCAUAGUCUUCAAAGGUGGAAAAGAAAUAAAGCGAUUAGAAAAAGAUUUCUAUUGGGGUGCAGUAUAUGACCUAAUCUUCAAGGGAAAUCUAUUCUAUUCCGCUCCGGCGCCCUCCGAGUCUGUGCCGCCUGCCGCUCCUCCAUCCGAAAACAUGGAAGAAGUUGAAAAUUUGGAAGUAAUUCUAGCCGAGACUGAACUUCCCGUAGUGGUUACGGUAACGUCCUUGUUGUGCGGUGUUCCAUGUGCUAUAUUGAAGGAUCAAAUGGCUCAAUUGGCCAAAACAUAUGGUAACAAGAUUCUAUUAUAUACAACCGACAUUUUGGAGAAUCCAUUCUUUGCAAAACUUUACGAGGUACUCAAUGUUCCAACCGUCAUAGUUUUCAAAGAUGGAAAAGAAAUAAUUCGUUUCGAAAAACUUUCCGAUUGGAGUGAAGUAAGUGACCUAAUAUUCGAGUCAAGUAUAUUGGAUUCCGCACCGCCCCCCUCCGAUUCUAGUCCCGCCUUGAAUCAGUAA